AAGCAAAUCAAGAGUCAAGGUCAAAAAUCAAUCAAGAAGCGAAAAUAAUAAAAAAGAUUUAAACACGAAUAACGUAAGCAUUCAGUUGAUUAUAGAGCAUAGGAAGUGUCGUGCAGUUGUGUAGCACUUAUUUAGAUUAAUGUCACUUAAUUACUCGUUGAAUUAUUGAUGCAUUUGUGUGUGCGAACUACGAUUUCAUUGCCUCAGUCAUUUGGAUUUUGCGUUCCAAUUUUAAUGAUAAUCAUUUACCCAUCUAGUUAUUAUUGAUGUUGAAAAAACCUUUAUAAUAUUACGUACCUUAGGACUCUCACAACGUUACACGUGAAUGUGAACUGUGCCUGCAAAGGUCAGUGAUAGUUAAGUUUACAUAACGAAUCAAGUGUCUGCAUUGAAGUACUUUUACUGCAUCAACAUAACGCAGGAUGGCUGAAGUGAAGUUAAAUGGACAUCACAAUGAAGAUCUUCCCGCCGGAGUUCAUGUGGAAGAAAUCGAAAUACCAGUGCCUUGGGGUCACGUAGCAGCCCGCUGGUGGGGUCAGCGCAACAAGCAACCCCUUAUAGCCAUCCACGGGUGGCAAGACAACGCUGGGACUUGGGACAACCUCAUCCCUUUGCUUCCCGCGAACACUUCCGUCCUUUGCCUUGACCUACCCGGACAUGGAUUGUCCUCGCCGUAUCCUAAAGGAAUGCUUUAUUACAUAUUCUGGGACGGGAUAGUCCUUUUGAGGAGGAUAGUGAAGUAUUUUAAGUGGCAGAAAAUUUCUCUAAUGGGACAUUCAUUAGGCGGAGCGUUAAGUUUCAUGUACGCAGCGUCAUUCCCCGACGAUGUAGACAAGAUCAUCUGUAUAGACAUCGCAAGCCCCGCUGUCAGAGUGCCUGGACAUAUGGUGCAAAAUACAGGCAUGAUUAUAGAUAAGAAUCUUGAAUACGAAAACUUAUCGGAAGAUAAGAUACCGUGUUACGAAUACGAGGAAAUGAUUGAUAUAGUGUGCGAUGCGUAUAAAGGUUCAGUUUCUAGAGAAAAUUGUAAGGUUUUGAUGAAACGAGGCAUGGCUCCCACUCCUGCGCAUAUGAAGAAGAAAGGUUAUUACUUCAAACGCGAUCCGAGACUCAAAGUUGCGGGUCUUGCGCAGAUGUCCAUAGAAACGGCUUUAGAAUACGCAAGUAAGGUUACGUGUAAAGUGUUGAAUAUAAGGGCUUUACCUGGGCAGAAAUGGGAAAGGCUAGAUUACUAUUUAGAUGUAGUGGAGAAGUUAAAACAGACCGCGACGGUCACUUACGUAGAGGUGGAAGGAACACAUCACGUCCAGUUGAACGCCCCGGAAAAUAUAGUCAAUAUAAUUGAGGACUUUUUAGAGUUGUAUUAGUCCAUUGAAGGCCGACGCAAACCACAGACUUUGGAUCGUUACUAUACUAGAAUUAGUUUUUGUUUGCGUAUAAUUAUCGUAUAAAAAUCCAAGAAUUUAAUAUAAGUAUAAUGAAACUGUUAUGUAUAC